GCUGGUUUGUGGCAGGGGACAAACCGGGGCGGGGGGGACAACAAGGAGGGGAGAGGAGGAAGGAGCCCCCCAGGCUGCCUGUAGGGUGGGAUCACGUGGGGUGACAGGGUGACAAGGUCCCUCCUUGGCCAUGGGGUGUGAUAUGGCACUGGGGGGGUGGCUGUGUUGGGGGGGACACACCCUGCAGCAUCUCGUGGAGAGUCCCACGGGAGAUUACGGAGGGACCUCCGGGCCCACCCAGCGCUGGGGGAGAUGCUGAUGGUGGGUGGAUGGGGCAGGGCGGGGCGAUAACGGACCAGGGUGGGGCAUGGGGGCGUGGCUAGGCGGGACGGGGGCGUGGCAACCGCUCAGGUGUCGAGAGGGGGGCAUGUCUCCCGCUGCCAGGCCCCGCCCCCGCGUUCCCAUUGGCUGCGGGCGGUUGCCGCGGCAACGGCGUGGGCCCCGCGGCGGGGAUGGGGAGCGGCGGCUCGGCGGGGCUGGCGGUGGCCGAGGGCCCGGAGGGCACCGAGCAGCGGCUGGAGGUGCGGGGAGGCCGGGUCCCGCCGGCCCUGUGGGCGCAACGGGGUUUACGGAAGCUUUACCUGAGCGGUGCGGGGCUGCGGGAGCUGCCGGCCGAGCUGGGGGCCCUGCGGCACCUCUGCACCUUGGCUCUGGAUGGGAACGAGCUGCUGGAGGUGCCCGAGGCCGUGUGCCGCCUGCCCCGCCUGGUGCAUCUCUACCUGGGCCGGAACGGGCUGCAGGGGCUGCCGCCCGCCUUCGCCCGCCUGCAGAGCUUGCGCUGCCUCUGGCUGGAGGGAAACUUCCUCGCCCGCUUUCCCCGAGCCCUCCUGGGCCUGCCCGAGCUGCGCAGCCUCCAGCUGGGUGACAACCGCCUGGCCCGCCUGCCCGCCGCGCUGCCCCGCAUGGCCGGCCUGCGAGGGCUCUGGCUCUACGGGAACCGCUUCGAGGAGUUUCCCCCUGCUCUGCUGCGCAUGGGUCACCUCCGCGUCCUCGACCUGGACCGCAACCGCAUCGCCCGCUUCCCCGACCUGAGCGGCCUCACCGCCCUGCGCCUCCUCUCCUACGACCACAACCCCGCGCGGCAGCCGCCCUGCGUGGGGGACGCCGUCCGGCUGGUGGGCGACGGGGCGCAGGAGUUCAUGGAGGCGCGGCAGGAGCGUCUGCAGAGUCUGCAGCGACAGGAGGAGGAGGAGGAAGGCACCGAAGCCCUACCGGUUGCCCCCGGGGACAGCUCCCCGCUACUGGAAAACGGGGAUGGCAGCUUUGCGGCCCUACCAGGCUCCCCAGAGGAAACAUGAGCCACCAAGCUGCAGCCAGACGCCCUCAGGCAUGCACAGCAGAGGGAUGAGGAUCCCCCACUGCCCUCCCAAGGACUCCCAGCUAGAGCUGGGGAAGAAGGGAGCUCACAGCCUCCACGCAAAGGAAAACGAGGACCAGCAUCUCCCAGCUGAGACAGCAAAGAGCUGCCACCUGGAUCUGCACCACUGGGAUCCACAAGCCCACCUCAGAGCAUCCCAUGUAACCGCAGGGUGCCUUGCAUGGGGGGAAACAGCCCCCUGCCCUGAUGAGUGACCCCACAGACCCCCCCUUGCCUGCUGGACAGGCCGCACGGUGCUACUGAGAGCCCGGUGUCCCCCAGAUGCCAGCCCAUGAGCACAGGGACCUGCCUACCACUGCCUCCACACGCAUCCUUUGCUCCUGGCUCCGUGGGGCAGGACAGGAAAAAGCAGCAACUUUUGCAUCUGUUCCACACGGACCCCGUCACCCUGAAGAGCAGCAAGGCUUGAGAUUGAAGACGCAGAUCCCUUCUCACCCCAGAGAUCUCUGUCCUGCCGCUGGAAUUGGGCUGGGGAAGAGAGAGGGCUCUGCCAGGCUGGGGAAGGAGCCCAAGGAAACUCCACCGGGGCACAAACCCGUCUCAAACCUGGAAAGGAUUUUGCCUCUGUACAGGAAGAGGAGCAGCUCUCCCUGCUCUAAAAUGGGCACUUAUCCUUCCUCUUCCCCCUCCCUGAGCUCUGUUUGCACCAAACUCAAGCAAUAAAAAAGCACAAACCCAAGAAA